GGUGUGGUUUACACGUGAAGCAGGCAGCAUGGCAGAAGCUGUAGCGGUUCCGUUGGACCGUACUCAGGUGAAAAAGGCCGUCCAGGCUCUGCAGGCUUUUCUGAAAACCAAGUCGACCCAGGACUCUCUGUUCUUGGACGACUCUCAGCAGAUCAGCCUCCUGUUCACCCUCUGGAAGAUCCCCCGGCAGGCUCAGACCAUCCGCAUCCCCCUGCCCCACGGCCAGCGGCCUGACACAGACGAGGUGUGCCUCUUCACCAGAGAUGAGCCCAACAUGACGGCAGAGCAGACACAGAGGUUUUAUAAGAAGCUGCUGGAGGAGAGAGGCGUGAAGAACAUCACUGAGAUCAUCCCGUACAAGAUCCUGAGGACCGAGUACAAACCCUACGAAGCCAAGCGCCGCCUGCUGGGGAACUUCGACAUGUUCCUUUCUGAUGACCGCAUCCGCCGGCGGCUGCCGUCCCACCUCGGAAAACAUUUUUACGAGAGGAAAAAGUAA